AUGCCCCCACCACCGACGCCACAGAAUGAUUUGUCCCUUGUGCCAGACAUAAGCAAAACGGCCUUCAGCAGCGGCGGCUCUGGAUCUGGAACCGAGACAAGCGGGAUAAUAAGAGAGAACGGCAAGGAAAAAGCAAACCCGCAAGUCUCACCAUCCCACAAGACCACAGCCAGCCACAACGUCGCAUGGUCACUUCCCAAUCCACCCCUCAAGCAGAAGAUGGCAUCCGGGUUUAAAUCGCUCUUUGAGAGCGCCAAAAAGCUCGCCACGGGGGACAAUGGAGAUGCGAAGUCGGGACCUGCAGCCCCGGAUAGCCUGUUUCCCAAGACAGCACCGGCCAUUGACGGGGAGGACUGCGAUCACGACUGCGACAGCUGCACUGUCAAGUAUCCCAAGUCGUUCAGCAUCGACACUGAAGAUGUACUGUACGGCCACGUCAAAGGUUGGAGUACGCAUCUUUUGGUUGCCACAGGAAAGACGGACUGGGUCCGGGACGUGGCGGAUGAGAAGGGCAGCGUGAUGCAGGCCGUGGAAGCUUCGGAGAAGCCUGACAACGGAAGGUUAAUGCUUUCUGCGAGCAACAUUCCCACGCCACAUCAAACCAACGACUAUUCAGAGCCUACGACAGUGCUCCUCCUCCCAGCAUUCAGGGUAGUUGAGAACGUGACACCGGCGACAGUACCAACUCUCCUUUCAGAGUUUGUAGCAAAGUCUCCAACCAACGAAACUCCACUUGCAGACCAGCCCGCCAUCGACCUCCCUCGAUCCGUGGAUGUGCUAAACCCGGAUCCGUCGCUGCCUCCCCCGCUGCGCACUCUCACCAGCCGACCCUGCCCCCACUCUGUCCUUGUCCUCCUUUGCUCCCAGCGCACCCGCGACGCCCGCUGUGGGCAAUCAGCCCCACUGUUGCGCAAGGAGUUGGAAAGGCACCUGCGUCCACUGGGCCUUUACCGCGAUCUGGACGACGAGAGACCGUCCGGGGUUGGAAUCUACUUUAUCAGUCAUGUGGGUGGUCACAAGUACAGCGCCAACAUGAUGAUCUACCGCCGGCCGGAUCCGUGGGGCCUGGACGGCGUGGAGAGGAAGACGGUUGGCGAUGAAGGCUUCCAGAAGCUGUUGGAGAGCGGCAAGUCCAAGGCUGCUUCUGCGGUGGCUGGUGGUGAGGGAGCUGAUGUUGGCGCGGGCCAGUGUAUCUGGCUUGCGAGGAUUUCACCGCAGCAUUGUGAGAAUAUCGUCAAAUAUACGAUACUUCAAGGAAAGGUGGUCAAGCCGGAGACGCAACUGCGGGGAGGUUUCGAUAGACAAAAGGGCCUCAUGAGUUGGUAG